UUAAGACAGUUACGCCGCGUACUCGGUAGAGAUUGCACGUUUCGUCGUGUUUUGAAAUUGUAAAAUGUAAACAAUAACAUUGUUUAUGUACUGAGUGAAAGAAGUUGUUAUUGCCGACAAAAUGAUGGAAAUAACUACAGUUAUGUUUGUGAGAGUGUCUGGUUUGUUAGUGCUGCUGUUUGUGAAUUUGGAUUAUGUUUUGUGCCACACUUUUGUAAAUGAAUUGUCUAAUAAAGCUGUGACUAAAGUUGAACACAAGCAUGAGCACUGCAACCACAAACACCCGAAAGCUGAUGAAGUAAUCAGAGGGGUGCACAUAGAGCCGGCACAUCUCGUGAAGAAACGGAAUAUAGAUCAGCCGCUCAGAAUUAGCAUAUUUUAUGACCAUUCUGUCUAUAGAUUAGAACCAGAGAAAUUCGACAUGAUCAAUAACACGAUCCUCCCUAAGGCGGUGAACUUUUGGGAGGAGGCGCUGAAGGUCCGGAAAACAGGAGGUCCUAUUAAACUUAACAGAAAGUGCCCAACUCGGCAAGUGUUCGUGCGGGGCGGGCGCUCGCACUGCAUCGACUCGUGCAGCGCUGAGACUAUGUGUGGGGAGGUCAGGGUGCCGGAGAACCAUUUAAACCCAUGCUACGUCUGCAACAGCACCGGUCAGAACUGCCGAGCGUUGCCACGACGAAGAAUCACCAUCGAGGAUGACACCACGGAAAUCACCGGCAACGCGCUCACUGAAGGCAGCGAAGUCUCCGACAUGCCAGAUCUAGAAGAAGAGGAGCCUAUAGGCGUAGAGAACACGGAUUUCGUGCUGUACGUGAGCGCGGUCGAAACGGAGAGGUGCCGCCGCGGCCUGACUGUGGCUUAUGCUUCUCAUUGCCAACAGGAAAGCGCGCUAGACAGACCAGUGGCCGGCCACGCCAACUUCUGUCCCGGCGAGCUGUCCACCAAGUACCGUGACCUCCCGAGCCUAUUAUCCACUGUGCAGCACGAAAUGUUACACGCGCUUGGCUUCAGCGUGUCUCUGUUCGCGUUCUACAGAGACGACAACGGCGAGCCGCUCAUGGAGAGGCGACCGGACACGGGAAAUCCGCCCCUCGAUGAAGAAUUGCAAAUACAUAAGUGGUCGGAUCGCGUUGUUCGGAACGUUACAAGGAAAAGAUGGAUGAUUCGCGGCGGUUACAUCGAGCGCACAUUCCAUAUGAUCGUUACGCCGAGAGUCGUCAAGGAGGUUCGAGAGCACUUCAACUGCUCGACUCUGGAGGGGGCGGAGCUGGAGGACCAAGGGGGGGAUGGAACUGCGCUUACACACUGGGAGAAAAGACUCUUCGAGAACGAAGCCAUGACCGGCACCCACACACAGAACUCCGUCUUCAGCCGCAUCACCCUCGCCCUGAUGGAGGACACGGGCUGGUACCGCGCCGACUACAGUGUGGCGGCGCCUUUAGACUGGGGCCGCGGACUCGGCUGCCAGUUCGCUACGACAUCGUGCAAGCAGUGGCUGAACUCGCAAAGGUUGAGACGUAAGAACCCGGCGCCAUUUUGUGAACGCAUCAAGGGGGACCCGCUGCGCACAGAAUGCUCGCCGCGGCGCUCCGCCGUCGUGCUCUGUAAUCUUGUUCGACAUGAGAACAUAUUACCGAGAGCUUACCAGCACUUCGACACGCUCCCCAACGUGGCCCCAGGCGAAGAGGCGCACUACGGAGGCUCCGUGUCUCUCGCGGACUACUGCCCUUAUCUACAAGAGUUCACUUGGAGACACAAGAGCGUGCUCAUACGAGGCAGCCGCUGUGAAUAUGAAGAAAAUACUCCCAAGACUGACGUAAAUUUCGCGCUGGAGAACUACGGCGCGCACUCCAAGUGCUUCGACCACAGUGACCGAGUUUGGGAACAGAAAUCUUGCCGACAGAUACGAGAAUGGCAACAUUGGGGCUCGGGAUGCUACAAAUAUAAGUGCGAAAGUGGCCGCCUGCAUAUUGUGGUUGGUAAUUACACGUACACCUGCUUCCACGCGGGGCAGGUGCUGCAGGUACGCAUCAUCAAGAGGGGCUGGCUCCACAAAGGUGGCGUGGUGUGCCCGCCCUGCAGAGAAGUAUGCGGCAAUGAGUUCAAGAGCCGCGGUGAAUACUGCAAAGGUGGCGAAGAGGCGAUGCCGCCCAACCUGUACCCCAGUGACGUAUUAACAUGCUCGGCGCCAUCUUUGUUACCGGCCGCCAUCUUAAUUGCGGCGGCCAUCUUGUGUCGCGUCUUUUAAUCACUUUAAUUACCAUUUUCUGGCCAAUAGGGAAGCGUUUAUGAGCUGUAGGGGGCAGUACAAGAGCAUCCUGUUAUUAGCGCGCAAUUUCAAUGUGAAGCAUAAGUUUCUAAAUUAUAUGAUAGCGUGCGUGAACUGUUGGGGGCAGCACCUGCUAAUGUGUCAAUGUCAAGUUUAAGAGGAUACAGCAGCUGAGAUUUAAAUAUUUUAGUUGUUAAUAUUUGAGAAGUUGAUAGUAUUUCUUGGCUUUUUACUUCUAAUUUGAAAAAGAAAACUUAUCGUAUGUCGGUUAGUCAGGUCAUUUUGUUACCUACGUGUGUGAAUAAAUCAAAAACCAACUAUUUAAAAUAAACUAAAAUGAAGAUAGUAUGUAAGUAGGUAUGUACAGACCAAAUGAAUUAUUUUAUAAGUCGCAGCACAGACAAUUAGAGUGAUAAAAAUUGUGAAGUCGAACAAAAAAUCUUAGUAACCAAAGAGGAUAUAAUAGGAUAGAGCGGUACUGUCAUAGUAAAUUUUGUAACCACAGUAAAUUCACUGCCAUCUAUCGACACACGAUUAAAAUAAAAAAUAAAAAUAUCAAAAAAUGUAUUUAUAUAUGGAUAUAUGUUUUUUUUAUUUGCAAUAUUGGUAUUAAUUAUUUUUAUAUUAUUUUGACCCAUGUUCUUUCACUGAUAUGCGUUAAAAUUGUUAAAUAACAAAAGAAACCGUCAACGCCAUCUAUACGAGAGUAAGCCAAAGGUAGUGGCGCCAUCUGAUCGAGAAUCAAAUUUUCUUGAUUUUCGAGGCACGUUUUUUCCUUAGACUGUAUCCAUCUAUUACGGAAUUAUAUCUAUCUUUGGUAGUAAUAUAUUAAAGUUUGUCAAACUAUUAAAUUUGUCAAAUUGUUUUAGCGCCAUCUAGCCACGAAUACUUGUUAGUUUAGUUGUCUGUGGUCAAAUUAGGUAGUUAAGUAUAAAAUAUCUUAAUUUAAGUAUUAUACUAACAUUAUAUACAUUGCAAAGGUUACCUAUUUUAUUUUGCAAUUAUAAGUAUUAUUUAUAUUAAUUGUUUUACAAAUAAUUAUGUUUAUCUUGCAUUCGCUCAUUCCUAAAUGAUUAUAAAAUGAAUUUAGUUAAUUAUAGAUUAAGAGUUAUUAAUUAUAAAAGAGAUGUAGUUUAAUAAAAAAUGUCCCUCGAUUUGACAGGUCUGCCGAUAGAUGGCGCGCUUGUUAAAAGUUGACGUUUGGCAAUAGGGAGUAUUACGCGAAACACUGCGUAGGGGGCGCCACUACCACAGUUUGAGGGUCUAUCGCGAAACAAGAAAAUCGAAAUUUCGUUAUAUAACAUCUCUGUCACUUUAUAUUCGAGCGAUAAAGAGGCAGAUAGCGAAAUUUCGGAUUCGCGUUUCCCGGUAGGUCUUCUGCAAACAAACCGCCAUGAUGCAUCAAUGUCAUAUUUUAUUAUCUCUGAAAACUUGUCAAAAACCUGUUAAAGGUACAGUAUGUAUAAGUUACUCUGUGGUUUACUAAAAAGGCUAAUGCUGCACUCUGGUGGCAGAACAUUGGAGUAAUAUGGCACCGUUUAGAGUAAUUUACUUACUGUCAAACUGCAAGGCACAAUUUCUUCUUAAACUUUACACCUCUUGUACAGAAAUAACUCGCCUAACAUAUGUGACAUUUUCAACUAAAAGGUACCACAUUGUCGCUUGUCAAUAAGGUUGAUUUCAAAUUGAAGCUGUAUGGAAAUAGCGCCUUAUUGACAACCGACAAUAAGUACCCUUUUGAUUGAAAUGGCACAUAUAGUUGGUCAAACCAAACUGUCAGUAAAUAAGAACAAAAAAAACUAUGCUCAUCCUUUUCUUUUGGGUGCUAGCACUAGUGUAAGCAAAAAUAGUAUGAUUCUCUCUGUCUAUGUUUGAAAUGAGACAGACAUAAAAGCUUGAAACCCCCAAAACUUAUAUACAUUUGACAUUUUGAAAGGCCUCCAUCUACACUGGCGCCCCUAGCGGCGAAAAAAAACGCGGUAGCCCUCAUUAUAAUUGGGUAGCUUUCAUAAUCAAUUUGCUCAAGAAUUUUGUUUUUCUUAAAAUAAGACUAAAUCUGUGUAUUCCUUUUACUUUAUUAAUUUGUUUUAUUGUGAUUUAAAUUUUCUAUUUUUUUUUUUAUUGCGUCCAGUCACUUUUGUGUUAAAUGUAAAGCUUGACCAGGAAUAUAUGAUAUGAUCACGCGCCAUGUUGCGGAAUUUCACUGGAACUAUUUUUUUCAUGCUAUACUGAACUGUUACCCUAUACAUGAGAAUAACAGCGCCCUCUUGACAAUGAUCAUAUAUUACUGGUCAGGCUUUACGUAUGUUAGUUUUAACACACUUUAGCGUUAGAAAACUUAAAAUAAAGUUUAUUGUGACGUUCUUCGGAAAAGGACCUCAGUUCACUAUGCAAAAGUGCACCUUUUUACGGAGAACAUUCACCUGAUCAAAACUUCCAAAAUAUUUUUGGUAAGUUCAAAAAAGUGGGGUGUUGUCUUUAAAUUUUAAAUAGGCAUUUUCGGAUGAAAUUUCUCAAAAAGUGUAACUAAAAAUAUUUUACUCCUUUCGAAAAUGCCAAAAUAUCGUCAGUAAUUUUAAAAAUUUAUUUGUACCUACUUAGACAAAUGUCAGGACACUUUUUUAGGGUUCCGUACCUAAAAAGGAAAAGACGGAACCCUUAUAGGAUCACUUUGUUGUCCGUCCGUCUGUCUGUAAAGACCCUUUAUCUCGGGAACACGCGGAAGUUUUUGUACGGAACCCUCGGUGGGCGAGUCAGGCACUUGGCCCGUUUUUUUUUAAAUUGACAAUGCUUAAAAUUUGUCUUGAAUGCCAUACUUUAAUUUAUUUAUAAUUAGUGCAAUCACUAAAUAUUUGUUUGUAAAUAAAAAACUUCUAUUUUUAAUGGUGCUUCAUUUGCUUUAAUCGUGUAUAUGUUAUUCCUAUUAUAAGUUAUUUUAUACGCAUAGUCGAAGUUAAGUAUUUCAAUAUGUUUUUCGAAUUUCGUGAAGUUGUUGAGCGUUUCUUAAAAAAAUACAAAAAUCUUUUUACGUAACUUUUUGUUUUGUCAAUAGGGGUAAGUGCGUCUGCAGGUUGCUGCAGGGAAGUGUAGGUAGCCUUCACGUUGGGGCCUGUUUACACAUUUAUAAAAAUAUUUUUAAAUAUAAAUAUUAUAGAGACAUUCUUACACAAAUUGAAGUCCCACGGUAACCUCAAGAAGGCUUGUGUUGUGGGUACUCAGACAACGAUAUAUAUAAUAUACAAAUACUUAAAUACAUAGAAAAAAUCCAUGACUCAGGAACAAAUGUCUGUGUCACACAAAUAAAUGCUCUUACCGGGAUUCGAACCCAGGACCAUCGGCUUUACAGGCAGGGUCAAUACCCACUAGGCCAGACCGGCCGUCAAAUUAUUAUAAAUUAAUAAGUGUUUACACAUUAAUAAGUCUUUAUUCCGAGUUUAUACAUUUUCUACUAAAGUAAGAAGAAAGUAAGUAGCAAAUGUAGCACUAAUCAAUGUGUAAUCAGACCCCAAUGUGAGGUCCAGUCACACUUAACCGUAUGCCAGCCUUACCCGUAUCGCCUUCACGAAAAAAAAUUGUUUAAAAAAAGGGGCAUUUUCUAUGAGAAGGGACCUUAUUGUCGAUGGCGCUUACGCCGCACAGCGUCGCGCGGCAUUAUAUAUAUAAUAUAUAUAUGUUUAUUGCUUUCACAUUGGUAAAAUUACAGAUGUUCUUAAUCGAUAAUGUAUCACAACAUGACACCCUGUAAGGGUAUUGCAAUUUUAUCUAUCUACUCUAAACUAAUACAUAUGUAAAUUAAACACAGAGAUAACAUUACACAAAAGUUAUACCUAUCUAAGCUAUGUAUUACUUAUAUGUCUAUUUAUGGUAUUUAUUACAAUCAAAAUAUUCUUGUAUAGAAUAAAAUAAAAUUUGUAUUUAUAUCGGAGCAUCGUUAAUAAUGGCGUAAGCGCCAUCGACAAUAAGGUCCCUUUGUAUAGAAAAUACCACAAAUAAGCGUAAUACAUUUUUUAGGGAAAGCUUAAUUACUUUUUUCAUAUUAGUCAAAGAAAAUUUUGAAUUUAUUUAGAUAAACUAACGAUAAUUCCAUAUUCAAUUUUGUUUCGUGUGUGGAUUUAGUAAAUUAAUUAAUAUUAACGGAUAUCGUUAUAUAAGAAAUCAUAAAAAUUUGUAUUUGUAUAAAGAGAUGUAAAACAGAUGAAACUGUACUGAUAUUUAAUAAAAAAAUAUUUUGAAUAAAAC